AUGGCUGCCACUCAACAGUUACCGUCAUGGAUGACAUUGUCAACUACCGUGUACACAAAUGCCGCAGGGCAAACUAUAACGAGCGAGACCACCCUUCAGCUCCCACUCACUUACUACGGUCCAAGUAUUCCCUUGGGCAGUGACGGCGCUUGGACUUACGGUGGCCUCACCUCGCCAGCAGCAUCAACUUCUUCUCUAACGACUUCAUCCACUGCGACAUCCUCUACCUCCACCCAAACAUCCACUGCGACACCUACUUCCUCUUCAUCAUCCUAUCAGUCUACAUCUACGUCUGCCUCUACAUCUACAUCCCCUUCCACCUCUGCCACGUCAAAUCACUCUUCGAACGCAACUUCCUUAUCUAAAGGAGCCCUCAUCGGUAUUAUCAUCGGUGCCAUCAUCUUGUUCAUCAUCUUGCUUCUGCUUUUUAUCUGGUUUGUCCGUUGGAACUCCCGUCGACGAGACUCCAGAGCUAUCACACCUAUAUGGACAGGAUGGAAUGUUCUUACCCCAGAUCCAACCGGCGACGAGGAGAACCGUCCAGCCGGUCUGGGUUCUCCUCGCGACAGUGGUGAUGACGAAGCAGAUUCUUUCCUCCGUCGCAGCACCGCUACCGAUCCUGAACGUCGUCCACGUCCAGUAUCUUCUCUUCCGCCCGGUGCAGCGCCACCCCGUAUUGUAGGGAGCACGGGCUCCGACCGAACAAGAUCUUCCCAGGCUUCGACUGACUAUGGCGUCGUCCUGCCUGGCUCAGGAAACUUUGGACAGGCAUACAGUGGUGAUGGCAUCCCUGCCCACGCCAGCAACGAAAUGCUAAGCCACAUCAUGCCUCCCGGAGAGCUCCUCCGCAUUGAAGAUAAUGAAGAGCUCGAAGACAUACCCCGACCGCGCAUGUAUAGCUCAAGUCAUCCUUCUCUGCCUGAGCACAUCGCCCCCCUACUUCCACCCCCACCUUUCGAGGGCACAGCUACCCGUAAACCUUCAGACCGCUCCCUACUUAAUGAAAAGGAAAAAUCCGUCCGCAGUGCCUCUUACCCAACGAGUGACCUGGAGGACUCAAAAGUCUUCACUGCUCGCCGCGUACGCGUCCAGGAGCUCGGUUCCCGCAGCCCGCAAGAUGACGACUCCACGAAUACCCAGCCUGUCGCAGGACCCGGCAGCUGGCGUAACUCCUUCUCUCGUCUGCGAAGGAGCUGGUUUGGAUCUUCGUCAUCUCGCAGCGGAUCAAACUCGCGCAGGGGAUCAGAUAAAGACGCCGAGGCAGUUCAAUCUUUGCUCGGCCGCAGGCUUGGUGUAGGCCAUACCCCUGCUGGAGAACGUCCGAUGUCAGGCGUGAGCGCUAAGAGCGCAGUAUCUGGAAAUACGGUGUACCAUGACGCAGUCUCCCGUAUGGGCACCCCAGUUUCCCUUCCUUCCAGAGCAAUCACGCCUGCGAGUCAGAGGGCAAGCGCAGUGCCUGCAACAGACUUUGCAUUUUCUAUGCCGAGUGGAGCACCACCAGCAUAUGAUGAUCCAUAUGAUUCGCUGGGUAGUAGGGGUCCCAGCCCAUUGUCUCCCACAGGCAUCGACGUUCUGGAUAUACCAGCACCAGCACCUUUCUCAUCUGCUUCGACGAGCGGGAAACCUUUGCCGCCAGGUCUUGUCCCAUUGUCCAGUCGCCAUGCAUGGAGAGACUCGUUGUCCGUUAUCACGGGCUCGUCAAAUGGCGCCGGUAUCACAAUCGAUGUUCUCGAUGCUGAGCCGCCACGAGCAGGUGAUGGUUGGAGGAACUUAGCUGGUGGCUUCCUUGGUGUCAGUGAAGGACCAGACCCAAGUGAACAGAGAACCCCGUUUGGAACUCCCCAAGUCAUCCAUCAAGGGAAUCCCUUGGUCUCUGAGCGAGGGUCUUUGCACUCUAUGCGUUCGCACCUAAGCCCCUACUCUGCACGUUCAUCUUCAGGAUCAGCACCCACAUCCUUCGCACGUGCUUUCAAUCUCUCAGGGUCCAAUUCCUCUCGUCCUUCUGCAAAUUCCGCCCACUCACGUGUAACAACUACGUCCUCUGCAUCGCUAAAUUCUAGUCGACCGUUUGGUCCUAUCUCACCAUCUGUGAGCGCGUUUGGAUAUGCAGAUCCCUCGCAGUAUAUGUCCCGCGCCACUGAGGAAUUUGAGGACCAGUUCGCAGAGCCAGGCAGCCGCACGUCGAUCCUUGGUCCUAUGCCCUCAUUCUCCACUCGUUCAGCGCUCUCCCAACCAACGAUCCGUAGUGUGGGUGGUACAACGGUAACGAGUGAUGAUACAGAGGUGACGAGAACGACUGUCACUUCUGGCUCUGAGGACGCGAUGAGCACGCCUACACCAUGGUUUCAAGAACGAAUCAGGGCCGAGAUUUGA